AUGUCUGAGCCAUUUCAAGGGAGACCUCCUGAAGAACCUCCAAAUUAUCAAGUUUUCGAGACAGCAACCACUUCCAUCCGGGAAAAGCUUUUAUCGCGGGAGCGACGCCAAAGAGUUCAAUACUACUUAUUCUAUGUAUUAUUUAACUUGCUCACAAUUGCGCAAGUCAUCAUAGGCGCCGCUAUCACUGCCCUUGGUCCAUUAGGGGAUCAGCACAAGCUGGCAAUCACAGUUCUUGGGGCCUUCAACACAUCUAUUGCUGGGCUACUGGCGCUACUCAAAGGAAGAGGACUUCCACAACGGCUUAGGAGAAAUAUGGCAGAGCUAUCAAAAGUGCUAGAUCACAUCGAAGAGCAAACAGUCCUACUACGAUACGGUAACAGAAAAGUUUCAAAGGAUGGGAUCGAUGCCUCAAUCGAAGAUGUUCUAAAACAAUACAUGAAUGCGAAGGAUAUCAUUGAACGAAACCAGCCAGAUACAUACACGGACGGGGAGUUGUCCAAACCCCCUGCGAGCGAUAUUGAGGUGGAAGGUUCUCCAAGUCACCAGGCCGACAACAGUGUUAUAAAUGGAAAGCGACGUGGAACAGAUGAAGAAAUGGGAAUUGGUGAAAGCCUAUAG